AUGCACGGACUCAUUUUGGAUCUUGCGAGCUGUCAUGGGGAGCCGAUCGGGAUAGCUGCUUCGUCCACUUCAACGAAGGCUGUGCGCGCUGUUGCGGCAUGGCAGCACAUCUUUGACGCUGCCCAUCUCUCCCCCACCGAAGACAAUGUGAUCCGACGGUACCAGCGCGCGCUGGGAGAGGCUAGGCGCGGCGCGCCGCCGCGCCGCCUAGCACGCUUGCCUCGUACGCCGCCACCAAGUCCGGAACGUCUUGGAGGAGCGCCUCGCCGGCCUCCCAACUAUCCUCCAGUGGACCGAUCCAGCGGACAAGGUACUGCCGAUGCGAGGGAACGCGAUAGCCGCGGAUACGAGCGCCGCGACCAGACUGCGUACGACGAGGACCAGCGCGACGAUCGUCGUGCUCCAAGAUCGCCUCCACGAUAUGUCAAACGUGGCCCGCGCUGUCCACGAGAGGCGGAGGACCGUCGCGCAGGAACCGGACAGUACGACCGCUGGGCGGAAGUGGAGGCGGAGCGUGAACGCUACCGGGCUUGGGAGCGGCUGGAGCGUGAUCUGGAGGAGCUGAGUCAACAGUUGGGGGUGCGUGGACAGGAGCGCUGUGGAUGUGAUCGGGACUGGGGCGCUGGCUGGGAACAGCGCCACUAG